CUUCACCACCCCUCAAAAGGGUAAUGGUAGAUGAUAUUUGUAUUGGUAUCUAAAAAACGAAAAAAUGUAUAUUAUUGAAUAUAAUUGUUUAUUUGAGGAACGGGAUAAUGUUUUAAAUUUUGUUAUUAUAUUACAUACACCCGGUAAAAACGUACUUAUCAAAAGUUUCUAAGUGACUGGAUAGUAUUCUUACAUAAUAUAUAUAUAUAUAUAUAAUAUUUUAAAAUAUAAACCGACAACAAUUGUAUUGUUGUGUGAAAAACCAACAAUUUCAUUAUACAGGCCACUGAUUAUCUGACGAAAAUAUUUAUAUCUGAUUUGUACAGCUAUCAUUCCGAAUUCUUCAACGAUAUCGGGUUAUCGAGAUUAAAUUUUAAUCGGAACUAUUCUGUUGUAAAUAAUGUAUAUUAUAGGGUUGACGGAUUUUUCGGUAUACCGUCAAAACCGGUAUACCGGUUAACCGGUAUACCGGUUUUUGCAUAAAUACCGCUGCAACGGUAUACCGUAAUACCGGUGCAUACCGGAAAACCGUAAUACCGGUGCAUACCGGAAAACCGUAAUACCGGUGCAUACCGGAAAACCGUAAUACCGGUGCUUACCGAAAAACCGUAGUAUUGUUUGCCGUUUGGUGACGGUUUUUUGGUAUACCGGUUAUUUGCUGAACAGUUUUCAGUCUUAUCAGUUAUGCCGGUUAUCCUAUGGUUAUUGCAUAGAACAAUAUAGAAACGACACUCGAUCAAUAUGAUGUUAGACCCAAGGUGGUAUUAUGUUUACGUUUACCGGAAUGUAGGCUGGAGACGCUACGCGGGGUCGGCUUGUUAAAUUAAAAUGGAUUCUAUUUUUGUAAUGUUAUUGUUUACCAAUGAAAAUGCGUUCAUCGAAUCAUAAUUGUUGUAAGAGUGACUUUGAUAACGGAUAUAUUAAUAUUUAAUAAUAACGUACACUGAACACAUCGAGUGUCGAGUCGUCUACAUCGUACCUAUAAUAAAACAAAAAACUUCGUUUCAGUAAUAAUUAAUCGCCUUUCUUAUUGCAGGCUGUUAAAUAGUUUAAAAAGGUAAGUUGAACCUGUUUUUGAUAAUUGAAAAGUACUACUUGAGUAUAACUUGAAAGGCCAUCUGUUCAGUUCAGAGGAUCUUUCAAGUUACUUACAUACAUUUUUCAACCUGGUAUUAGUAAUUAUUAGAUAUUUAUUACCUAAUAUUAUUACAAUGAUUUUUUCUUUUAGAUAACCAUGCCAAGAAGAAGGUCAAAAGUGUGGAAUUUUUUCACAAAAUUGAACAAUAACCAAGGGAGAUGUUUAAAGUGCAAAAAUAAUUUUGAAGCUAAAGGAGGUAACACUAGUAAUUUGAUAAAUCACUUGAGAAUACAUCAUCCCAAUAUUCAUUUGGAGUUUUUAAAUAUAAAGGAUCAAGAUAACAGCUUUAACAAAAAUGAUCUGAAUGAAACUGAUGACAUCAGUGAUCCUCCUUGUGACAUUGCUAAUGAUAGCGCAGAACAUCAUGAACUAGUGCCAUUAAAUUCCAGUGCAAAUUUAGUUCACAAAUCUUGUACACUAAAACAACAAUCUAUGAAUAUAUAUAAGAAAUUGGACAAAACAACCAGUGAAAAGUAUACCAAUGCAAUUGCCUAUUGGAUUGCCACAGAUAUGCAACCUUAUAGAUCUGUAUCAAAACAAGGAUUUAAACAUCUAAUGUCUGUCAUAUGUCCUGGAUAUACUAUCCCAAGUCGCCAAGUUUUUGCUGACAACAAAAUUCCGGCUUUGUACUUUGAGGUAAAACGUAGAAUAAAACAAGAACUCAACUCUGCACAAUUUCUGUCGCUUACAUUUGAUUGUUGGACUUCCAAUGCCCAACAGCCUUACAUUGGCAUAACAGCUCAUAGUAUCAAUAGUGAUUGGAUUCUUCAAACACAUUGUGUGACUUGCACAAUUCUUGAUGUAGACCACACUGCCAUUAAUUUAAAAGAUAUUAUUGAAUCUACACUUAAAGAUUUGAAUAUUCCUGUAUCAAAAGUCUCUGCCGCAACUACAGAUAAUGCACUAAUGUGAUCAAAGCUGUUCAGUUAA